AUGUGUUGUCAUGUGACCUACACUCAGCCAUCUUGUGGAAAACGAAGAGAGAGAGCCACUCAACACGCAUACAAACCCUGUGCUGUCAGAACUAGCAGAGAACUUCAAGGAAGAAUGGCUGAAACCCAGACGCUUAACUUUGGACCAGAAUGGCUCCGUGCUCUGUCUGGCGGUGGCAGCGGCGGCGGCAGUGGUGGUGGAAGCAGCACCGUUGUUGCUUCUCCACCCCUCUCACCUGCUUUGCCAAAGUAUAAACUUGCAGACUAUCGCUACGGAAGAGAAGAAAUGUUAGCACUUUAUGUAAAGGAUAACAAGAUCCCUAUAGACCUACAAGAUAAGGAGUUCUUGUCCAUAUUGCAAGAGGAACCCCUGCCACCUCUGGCACUCGUGUCUUUUACAGAGGAGGAACAGAGAAAUUUUUCCAUGUCUGUAAACAGUGCAGCUGUACUUCGGCUGACAGGGCGAGGAGGUGGACCGAUCGUCGGAGCACCAAGAGGCCGAAGUACAUCAAGAGGUAGAGGGCGGGGGAGAGGUGAUGGAGGCUUCUACCAAAGAAGUUUUGACGACGUGGAAGGCUUUGGCCGUGGAGGGAGGGAGAUGCACCGCUCUCAGAGCUGGGAAGAAAGUUCUGACUUUAGUUUUUUUCCCCCUCCUACCAGGGGUGAUAGAAGAUUUGAAAAGCCCAUUCGGAAAGACCCAGUCCGAGGCAACUACGAGGACGGAGGAACAGGACUACCGAGGAAACACGACUUCACGCGCUCCGAGAGUGAGAACUGGCGUACUUCCCGCGAUGAUCAGAACGGUGAGGAGGAUGAGGGGGGCUGGCCACUGUCAGGUUCUCGACGGGAGAGCGACCGGCGGUGCCCCUCGAGCCCAGAUGGGCCUCGGUCAGCAGGGUGGCGGGAACACCCAGACCAGCGUCGACGUUUUCCAUUCGAUGCCAGAGAGGACGAGCGUGGCUACAGAAGGCCACGGUCAGGCAGUGGUAGCCUGGAAGACGAGAGGGACAGCUUACCGGAGUGGUGUCUUGAGGACGAAGAGGAAGAGGCGGGCACAUUUGACUCGUCUGGAGCUUUCCUCUCUCUCAAGAAAGCCUCAAAGGAGCCAAUCCCAGAGGAGGCAGAGCUCGAUUUCAAACCUCUGGAAGAGUGUGAGGAGGGCCUGGAGGAGGAGGAUGGUCCACCCAAAGAGACCAAAGAGAUGGAAAAAGAGGCCAAAAAAGAAACUGACAGAAGAGAGUUGGGUGGCGCUUUAGAAGAGGCCCCACCUGUCGUUCCACCUGUUGCUCCAACAGUCUCUGAGCCCCUGCCCCCUGCUCAGUGUUUGCCCCCGAACCAGCCAAACAGAACCGAGGAAAUUGAGAGACCAGCUGAGCGGCAGCCCCCCCUGGAGCUCCCCAAAGAGGCCUGCAAAGCCCCUCUGCAUGUCCCCAUGUCCACUAGCAUGCUGGAGUCCCUUCCCAUGGCCCACAUUUCCACCACUGCUGCAGAAGUUUCCGCUCCGUCGCCAAUCGUUCAGCUGCCACAACAAAAGCCUGUAGAAGUCUCUGUGGCAUUGAACAAUCCUUUACCAUACCCUUCAAAUAUGAUGGCACCUAUUUGCAGGCCCAUCUCUGUGCCACAUGAAACUGAUGAAGACGAGGGACUAAAACACUUUGAGCAGGAGGCAGAAAAGAUGGUAGCAUACCUGCAGGACAGCGGGCUGGAUGAUGACAGACUUCCGGCAAAGACAUCGGAGAAGCCCAAGCCUGCCGGCCUGCCUCUCACCCAUGAAGCUGCUCUCAAGUGGUUUUACAAAGACCCGCAGGGGGAGAUCCAAGGUCCUUUCAGUAAUCAUGAGAUGUCGGAGUGGUUUCACGCCGGUUACUUCACCAUGUCUCUGUUAGUCAAAAGAGGCUGUGAUGAAGUGUUUCAAGCUCUGGGGGAGAUGAUGAAGAUUUGGGGAAGAGUGCCAUUCACUCCCGGGCCAGCACCCCCACCUCUACAGGCAGAGGGAGACCAAGAGAGGUUAAAGAGGCAACAGGAGCUCACUGCUCUCAACCUUUACCAGUUACAGCAGCUCCAGUAUCAAUACCUCCUCAGGCAGCAGUACGCCCAGGCACUGGCUCAACAGAAAGCUGCGGCCCUCAGUUCGGCUCCUCAACAACAGCAGCAGCAGCACCAACAGCAGAUCAACCUGCUCCUACAGCAAUACCAGGCUCUCAAGUUAAGAGCUUCCGAGAGCCUUCUACCUCCUGUCACCCGGGCCUUGUCUGUACCAGACUCUGGGUCUGUGUGGGAAAUGCAGAACCCAUCCUCUCAGGCUUCCUGCACACCGAACCUCCAACAGCCUGCUGCAAGCUCAUGGGAAGGCAGCAGUGUAUGGGAUCUGCCUAUAGACUCAGUGGCUCAGGCUCCAACUAUAGAGCAAAUGCAACAGUUUGAGAAGGCAAAGUCUGCUAAGCUUGAGCUGGAGAGACGUGAUGCAGAAAUGAGGGCAAAACGGGAGGAAGAAGAGAGGAAACGUUUGGAGGAGGCCCUCAGGGCACGACAAGAGGAAGAGCGAAAACGCUUAGAAGAAGAGGAGCUGGCUCGGCAAAAACAGGAGGAGGCACUCAGAAGGCAAAGGGAGCAAGAAGAGGAACAACGGAGACAAAAAGAGGAAGAGGAGAGACUGGCACAGGAGGAGGCUCUCCGUAGACUAGAGGAGAGGCGAAGGGAAGAGGAGGAGAGGCACAAGCGGGAGGAGUUCCUUCGCAAACAGGAAGAGGAGCGCAGAAAGCAGGAAGAACUCGAAGCUCUGAGGAGGCGUGAGGAGGAGAGGCGAGCGGAGGAAGAGGCAGCUGCUGCCGCUGCAGCCGCAGCUGCUCAGGCACAGCAGCACGAGGAGCAGAAAAGGAGAGAGCAGGAGGCCCAAAGGCUACAGGAGCGGCAGAGGCAGCAGCAGCAGGAGGCGCUCAGAAGACUGCAGCAACAGCAGCAGCAGCAGCAGCUCGCACAAAUGAAGCUUCCAUCCUCUUCAAAGUGGGGACAACAGUCAGCCAACACUAUAAGCCCAUCUCAGAAUGCCCUGUCACUGGCUGAGAUCCAGAAACUAGAGGAGGAGAGGGAACGACAGGCACGGGAGGAGCAGCGACGUCAGCAGCAAGAGCUCCUGAAGCUCCAGCAGCAGCAGGCCCUGCACCAGGCGCAGCAGUCCCACGCCAAGCUGUCCAGCUGGGGCAACGUGGCCAAACAGCCAGUGGCUACAAAGUCUCUGCUGGAGAUUCAGAGGGAGGAGGCCCAGCAGAUGAAGCAGCGGAAGGAGCAGCAUCACCAACAACAACCACACCCCAUCGCCACCCCACAGGCCAAACCUCAAAACAGGACUACAUCUCUGAGUAAUUCUGUGUGGGGUUCUGUCACCACCGGCACUAACUGGGGCUCAGACCCCAGCAGCAUCUGGGGGGACACUCAGAACUCAAACAUGGGCUUCUGGGACGAGGCCGUGAAAGAAGCUGUCCAGCAACCCCCUCAGACUAAAAAAAGCCACGCUCAGAAAAACAACAAGGGAAAUGCCAACCUCAGUAACUCUACGAGUGGGCGAGCCAGUAAGAAAGUGGAGGAGGAAGAAAAGCUGCUCAAGUUGUUUCAAGGAGUCAACAAAAGUCAGCAGGACACCUUCAUGCAGUGGUGCGAGCAAACCCUGCACACCCUCAACACAGCCAAUAAUCUGGAUGUUCCUACAUUUGCAUCCUUCUUGAAGGAGGUGGACUCUCCGUACGAGGUGCAUGACUAUGUUAGAGCCUACCUUGGAGACACUCCCGAGGCCAAGGACUUUGCCAAGCAGUUCCUGGAACGUCGUGCCAAACAGAACUCUAACCAACAGAAACAGACACCGCAGAACCAACAACAGGCCCUCAAGCAGCAGCAGCAGGAUUCUGUGUGGGGCGGAACAGGGUCCUCAUCGCUCUAUCAGUCCAACCAUACGACUGGCCAACAGCAGCGCUUUGAGACCGUCACCUCAGGGAAGAAGAAAAAGAAGCAAAAGAUGGUCCGGGCAGACCCGAGCCUUUUAGGUUUUUCUGUGAAUGCAUCAUCUGAGAGAUUGAAUAUGGGAGAAAUCGAGACUUUGGAGGACCUUUAAGAGACUGCAACCAAGCAAAUCCUUCUGACUGUAUCCAGUCUGAACAGCAGCUGCUCUACCCGAACCCCCCUGUCCUUAUCUGCCUCCACCACUCUCACCUUUACGUUUUUACUUCCCCAUGAAUCAGGCAUACUCGAGGCAUCUCUGAGAAAUGAGAAAAUUGUUAAGGAAGCAAGACAUCUGGAGCUGGGAAUGUUCUCCAGGUGCAAACUCACCUGUAACCGGAGUAUCUGGUGAAUGAAACCUCCAACCAGCUAAAACGAGAUACAAACUUAGAUUUCUGGGGGAAGUCUGCAGAUGCGUUGAUGCGUCUCCGUCACUGUCACCGGCUCCAUCCAGAAUCACGUCAUUUUCAAACUCCCAGAAACGACAGCUUUCAAUUUCGGCCUCCGUAGUAUCUGCUUUUUUUUUUUCUUUUUAAGGUGUGGAUGAUAUUUAGAUGGGUAGUAUGGGAAAGGUUAAAAAGAUAAUAUCCAUUGAUUUUUGUUUUAUUUAUUGACGCUCCCCCAACUCUCCCACCCCCCUCCUUCUGCCUACCCCCCUACUUCUUUUCAGCUGGGUGUUCAUGGAUAAUGGUGGCAAAGUAGAGCCCAAGGAUUCGUGCUCACUUAUGUCCUGUUUUAAGGACAUGUUCAAAAGUUCCAACUAGUUAUCUAUUUCUUGUAAAAUACUAGGCUGUUUAAAGGAUAAAAUUUCAAUUCUGCAUCUGUAUUAUAAUAUAUGAAAAUUAUCUGCUGGAGUCAUACUUUUUUAUUGCAGUAUGAAAUAAUAAAACAGUCUGAUGUGUAGGCUGUUCACAUCUGUGUCUGAACUAUUCGGAAAAAAGAUUCAUGGCAUCCACAUUCACUCACCCCAAAACAGAAA